AUGGCUAAUUUUUCAAAGGAAGAACUUGAUGUUGUUGUGGUUGGAGCUGGUCCAUCAGGUAUCGCCAUUUCUGCUUGUUUGAACAAAUAUGGCAUAAAAAAUAUUGUGUUAGAAAAAGAAGAUUGUUGUGCCUAUUUGUGGAAGAAAAAAACUUAUGAUAGACUUCACUUGCAUUUAUCUAAAAAGAUUUGUUCAUUGCCUUUUAUGCCACAUGCAACUUCAUCACCUAAGUAUUUGUCAAAAAAUGAAUUUAUUCAAUACUUAGAUGAGUAUGUUGAGCAUUUCAACAUCAAACCAAAAUUUCAAACUUGUGUUGAAUUAGCCUUUUACAACAAUGAGGAGAAGAAAUGGAAUGUCAAAUCAAGAAAUGUGGCUAGCGGAGAAAUGGAAUUGUAUGCUUGUGAUUUCUUGAUUUUGGCUACUGGAGAAAACAAUGAAGGUUAUAUUCCAAAUGUGGUAGGGAUAGAAAAUUUCAAAGGCAACAUAAUUCAUUCAAGUGACUAUAAAUCAGGCGAACAAUAUAAAGAUAAAAAAGUAUUGGUCAUUGGAUCUGGAAAUUCUGGGAUGGAAAUAGCUUUUGAUCUUUCAAAUUAUGGAAGUCACACAUCAAUUGUUGUUAGGAGCCCAAUUCAUGUUGUAACAAGGGAAAUGGUGCAUAUUGGAAUGGUGUUGCUAAAAUAUCUACCAAUAUCUUUGGUUGAUACUAUGAUUUCAAAGUUUGCGAAGUUUAAAUUUGGAAAUUUGGAAAAAUUUGGAAUACCACAGCCAGAAGAAGGUCCAUUUUCAAUUAAAAUCUCAAAAGGUACAUCCCCUGUAAUUGAUGUUGGUGCCAUUGGCAAGAUUAAACUUGAAGAGAUUAAGGUACUUCCUGGAAUAUCAGAAAUAAAGGAACAUACAAUAAUGUUUGAGAAUGGGGAAGAACGUCAAUUUGAUGCAAUCAUAUUUGCUACAGGAUACAAGAAUGUUGCUACCAAAUGGCUAAAGGAUUAUAGCUCUAUAUUUUUCGAUGAUGGAACACUGAUGAAUGAAUUUCCAAAUCAUUGGAAAGGAGAGAAUGGGCUCUACUGUGCUGGAUUUUCAAAGAGAGGGCUUGCUGGUAUUUCAAUGGAUGCUAUAACUAUUGUUGAUGAUAUUAAGACUGUUAGAGGAGACAAAAUCUGA